GGUGACCGGGGCUCUUAUGAUGCCGCAGUUAAGGUCAAGGAACGUGGUAACUGGCAGUGAGGUGGAGUCGGCUGACAGGAGGGUCACCAGCCCAAGCUCUCUGGAUGCAGGGGUAGGACACAAGCCAGGGAAGAAGGUGGGAGUCAAGCGGAGUCCUCAUCUGGCACGGAAGAGAAAGCCUGAGCAGCCUUUAUCUUUCUGUCUGCAACCUGCCACGCUCUCCAGUGUUCCCUGUGAGCAAUUUGCUCCUCCAGUGCUCAUGCAGAAGGAACAAGGUGAGAGUAGCCAGAGAUGCCCACUUAAAAAAAGGAAGGGGAUACAGUGUAGGAGGGCGGCCAGAGGCAAAAAGGGUGUAGUUCUGCCAAUUUGAGACACUGCUUUAUGUGAAGAUUGGGAGGGAGCAAUCAUGGCUGCAGCAGUAUACUGGGAAGAGACUGUAAGGAAAGAGACAGGACAAGACUGACAAGACUGACAGCUGUUAGGAACUACUUUGCAAAAUAAAUUCUCAGCUGGGAUUGAAAGGAACAAACACAGUUUGGAAGGAGCGAACCUCUCAGGUUUUCAGGAGGAGAGUUCAGGGAGCUCAGGAAAAAAAGGCAUGCUUUCCUUUAUGGAAAUGAAAUUCCAAAUGCCAUCCUCGGUGGAGGAAAUUGAGAGCAUGGAGAAACAUGGCAUUUCCUGUCUGCCAGACAGGGGUGCAUGUAGUAUAGAAAUGAAAAGCACUGUCUCCAUAAUGAUACUGAAGAUGCAAAUCCCAUAUCGUAAGAAUAAUUUAGGGUCUCAGGAAUCCUUUUCUGAACCAAAAUCUCAGGAAGAAGUUGAUACACUAGAGAAGCUGGAUGGGGGUUCUUUAAUUGGAGCAAGAAAGACAGGGCCACAGAAGAAAGGAAAGUGAUACUUAAGCAAGAAAGGUGGGGUAUCUUUGAUGAAGACAAAACUACAAAGUCCCAGAGAGAUGGGAUCUAUUUUAUUUCUAGAACUGCAUGCACAGUAUCCAGAGUCCGAGAAAGGAGCUGUCAGUCUGAGGAAGAGACACAGAAACACAGCAGUGUCACAGCAGCUGCAGGGUCUCAGUGGCCAAAACCAACGAACAGCCAGAAGAAAUAUGCAUAAGCAUUGCGUUAAAGGAAAGCAACAGAGCUCAAACCCUCAGAAAGGAGCAGACAGCCCGAGGGGGAGUGCAGAGGAAAAAUGUAAAGCAAUUGAGCAAGAUUCCAGUACACAGGCUGUGGAGAAGCUUAGGACAAAUCAAAACAGUUCAGAAGAUUCCAAGGAAAAAGAACUUGACUAUAAAUUUCCUGCAGUUACUACUCUAGGUGAAACUCAAAGCAAGACCUUUCCGUGCCAUCCUGUAGCAGAAAGGUCUGAUGUGCUGUAUAAGAAGAGGGAACCCAGAGCUGAUCAAAUCGAGUGCUUCAAUGUGACUGCCGAUGAAAAAGUGAGAAAUGUAUCUGCACAAUGUGAUGCUGAACAUUGCAAAAAUGCCCUGAACCAUUGUAAUGUCUUGCUCUGUGCAACAGAAAAGAAUCCGUUUGUGAGGUUAGAGGCCUGUAGUUACAUCAAUACAUUUGUAAAGUCUUCAGCUAGUGGAACUACCAGCAGCUGCAGUUUAAGUAGAUUCUUCCAUGUAGCCCAGGGUAAAAGAAAGCAUAUGUUUCCUGAUGGUUCUGUAGAACAGAGUGAUAUGAAUUGCAGCACUAGUAGAAUGCAAAAUGAGACAUCGUCCAUGAAAGAUGGUUUAGUGUUUGAUAAAGAAGAAACUCCAAAUAACGUGAAUAUCAGAGAGAAGUCAGCAGUGCAGAGUGUUUUCGCAGACACAGAUAAUGAAUGUAGUGAGUGUGAAUUACAAACGGAAGCAGCAGUUGCCAUGUCAAGCUCCUUUGCAAUCUCAGACCUGAACCAUAAAGAAAGCAAUCUGUCAGCGUCAUGUAAUCAUACAUCGCAUCUUCAUGAAGGAAAAAAUGCUCAUGAAGCACAAAAUAAAUCAGUCUGGAGAAAGAAUAGUACCAAAUUACUUGCAUUUGAAGACGGCUCUGAGAAGACAUCUAAGCUCUCUGUAAGAGCAAAAGGAAAAGAUUCAAACAGUGUGGCGCAUCAUUCUGGUGCCACAGGUAGCCCAAGAGUGCCAGCUCAGGUCUGUGAUGUUUCCAGUUGUCACAAAAGCAAGUCAAAUGAAAAAUUGACCAAAGUUAAUAAGAAAUUGCAGCAGGUUACCUGUCAAAGAACAGUACCUAUGUCUGGUAAAAAUGUUUGGCCUUUUGAAUCUUGUGCCAGGACUUCUGAAUGGGUUCAUAAAAAUCGUGAGUCCAUCUCAGUAGGGAACAGACUUUCAAAGGCUGCCUUCAAGGAAUCUUCUGAUGAAAGCAGUGUUAAAACUGUAGGAAACAGUGCUGUGACUGGGAAUUUGGGACAGUUGGCUUUGCAUGCAUCAUCAGUGGAAAUUAACAAAGAAUCUACACAUAAAAUAAUGGAUCCAAAUACUGAAUGUCUGCCUUCACUUGAAACACCAGAAUCCUCUUCUGUUGGUGUUUGUGAGACUUCUGGAGAGAACAAUGAAAAUAUGGAAUCACCAGUCAAUAUGUAUAGAAGUGCUGUGGCUUUUAACCAUAAUGAUGCUCAAGAAGUUAAAGCAACCUUGAAUUUUAAGUCAAAACAAAAAGAUAAAAAUAAAGGACGUUCCACAAAAAGAAACCGGUCUCUGACAGUCCAGAAUGGUACAUCUACAGGUAACAAAAACAGAAUAAUCUUCAACCAUGAAUCAUCAGCAGUGAACCAGAAAUUUUCUGAUUUAAAGCUAAUGAAAGUGUUGAACACUGGCAACAUGACAAAAUUCAAAAUUCCUUUAUGCCGAAACAAACCUGAAUCCAGAAAAGUGGAAUCUGUCCAUUCAUUUGAAAGAAAAACCUGUACACCAGUAGAGCUUCUUGAUAGCACUACUGUUUCAAGAAGGCAGAAAACAGGUGAAGAAACUUCUUUGGUAAAUUCCAAGCAGCAGCGUCUUCCUGUUGCGAGGGAUGGAGAGCCUACAGCUUCCAUGAAAGAAAAAGAGAAUGAGAUCAACAGUAAGGACUUCAAGCAUGGUGGCUGUGAAAACCUUUCAAAUGAGAUGUCUGCAUUCCCUGAAUAUUUUUCCUUAUAUCCAUGUGCUUUUCCUGACGGACAACUAGAAUCAUCUGUGUUUGAUGUGCAUGGUACUGAAUUUGUAUUAAACUCUGAUUUUCCUGAUGAUUCUUGGAAUGCAAUUGACCACCCUGUCACAUUAGAAAUAAAAGAUGAUAGCAAUUCAAAAGGGAUUCUUUCACAAGAGAAAAGUCAAAAUUUUCCAAAUAAUCUUGAGGCUUACGAAGAUGAUGUUCUUGUCAUUGAUGUGAUUCAGGAUGACCCUGACCUUUUUGGAACCAGUAAUGAAGAGGAGCUUGCAGUUGCAGGCUGUGAAAAUUGUCCUCUGGAGGCAUCCUUAACCAACGUCUGCAUUAAAGAAGAAAAGCAGGAUCUUAAGCCUGUUAUCUCAGAAAAUAGAGAUUCAGUAGAUGAUAUUUUUAGGAAUAUUACCGCACAGCAAUCUGGAAUAUCAAAUAAUAGUGAAAAUUCCUGUGGUUCAGUGCUAAAAGCUAAAGAUAUUAAAACCCACAACUCCUCCAAAGAAAGCAGUCCCUUGGGAGGUGUUACUGAGAACUUCCUUGAAGAUAGGCAACUAAAAGAAUUAGAUGAGCUACUGAAGAGUUUUGACGUGGAUGAAAAGUUGAGAUUUGCAGGUGGAAUGCCCGAUGUUAAACCAGAAAAAACAGAUGAAGCUGAAAAAAGUGACUGUAAAUACAAAGAUCUUGUGCCCUGUGAAUUACUAUCAGGAUUGCCAUCGCAAGCCCCAAAAGUAAAUUUCCUCAAUGAAGCCACAGUGGUGAAACCCCGGACAAAUGAUUACAGAUAUUCAAGAAAAAGUCCAUUGCCAAAUUGUGGAGGUUUUGAAACGUGGAAGAUGGAAAAAAAUGCAGUUGCUUCUCAUUCAGUCCAGCAGAUCCUCGAGAUGAUGGAAUUGCCCCGUAAAUAUUGCAGAUUUUAUUUCACGACUUUGCGUGGGUGUGAAAGAGCAAAAUGUUGGUUUUGGCAUGUUCCUGAACAAGGGGAUGAAAAGAUUUGCAUGUCAAUACUUAGGACAUACAUUAGUAUCAAAGAAUCAGGCCUUCUAAAACGUGCAGUCCAAAUAUUUGUGAAAUAUUACAAAGAAGUUACUCCUGGUGUGCAUUUUGAUUCUCAAGUGAUGCAUGAUCUUCUCAUUUCUUUGGUCAAGAACUGUUUGUUGCAGGAAGUAUUUCAGAUACUGCAUGUAACUGUACGAAUCAAUACACUGCCAGCUGUAGAGGUUCUUCUGAAAGUCUUUGAGCAUGUGGCUUCUUUGAAUCUAAGAGACACUGUGCCUACAUUAAUCGGUACUUUUUGUAAGCUCAUUGAUGCUGGUAUGCUCCUUGAGUUUGAACAUUUUGACAAUAUUAUUAAAUUCCUUCGCCAAUUGCAAGUUUCCAGUCAAGAAAUAAAUAUUGUUUUGAACUUAAAGUCCAGACUUCAGGAAAGACAUUUUGAAAGGAACUGGCUUUUUGACUUCAACUUGGCAGUGGCUGAAAUUCAGCAUUGCAAGGAAAGAAGUGAUUGGACCAAGCUGGGAGCUUUGUAUGUUAAUGCAAGAACUGGCUGUGAACAUUUUGAUGAUCUUCAGAAACUGUCUUUAUGUAUUGCUGAAAUACUAACCAGAGAUUUUGAGUCAGCUAGACCAGGAGUUCCUUUUUGUGAUUUUGCUGAUGCAGUAAUAGAAAAUUCACAACAUAAUGAAGCAGACAGAGUUUUCAUUGGAAGGACUGGGAUAAGUGUAAUGUAUUCUUAUCACAAAGUACUGCAGUGGAUAAAGGGAAGGAAGGUUUUGGAUAAAUUGCAUGAGCUACAGAUAUAUUUUACAGUCUUGAAAGGACUUACAGGUGUAGAGAGAUUAGCAUCAAGAUGUGACAUUGUUAAUAAAGCUGCAGAUAUUUUCCUUAAAACUGGCAGUUUGGAUGGAGCAAUGUGGGUGCUGAGAGAGUCAGAGUGGACCACAAAUUCACCAUUGUGGCCCUGUGAUGAAGUGGACAUCCUCAAUCGACAUAAGCUGUUAUGCACACUAAUGAAUGAAUACUUGACGAAGAGUUUAUACAGAGAGGCAUUUGAAGUUCUGCAGAACUUACCAGGUUUUCACAAUCAUUCUGAUACUGUAGAUGUUUCUCAGUACAGCUGCCUUUUUAACAAGCUGAUAAAUGCUUGUUUUGAGAGCAAGAACCUUGGGGUCCCAUCUUCUGCUAUAGACUUCAUGCUUUCAAAAAACAUGGCUAUUGAUUUUUUUUUACUUAGAGGAUUAAUCACAGCUUUGGGAAGAAGUUCUUUGUGGUCUAAAGCUAGGACCUAUUACAGAAGUGCUUUAUCACUGGGUUGCUACCCACGAUCACAGGGAAAUUUAUAUCACAAACUUUUGACAAUUCCAUCUUACAUGUCUGAAAUUGAGAUGCUGCUGGCCAUUGAAGUAUUUCUUGUUUCAAAUGCCAGUGUUAUUCAGAGUCCAACGGCUGCUAUUCAGACCCUUCAAAUAGUCCUGAAAAGAUGUGAAGAUCAGAGAGUUCAGAAUAACAGUGACUAUGGAGCAGCAAUGGAGAGACUGAUCCUGGCUGCUCGUAUGUGUGAUCCAAAGCUUUUGCUUAAGCAUAUGACAAUGAAUGUUAAUACGGAUGAAGUUUACAGCUUGGAGCUUACAUCUGCUCUAAAAUGGCUUCAGGAGAACAUGAAGUGGGCCGGGAAAGUCUGGCUGUUUCAUUAGUCAUUAAAUAGUAAAAAC